AUGUCUUCGGGAGCUAUGACAGCAGUUGAAAGCAUUCCACUAUUAUUAACUGGCCUAAGAACGACCUUUAAUUCAGGCAAAACAAAAUCUCUUAAAUGGCGUAAACAACAGCUAGAACGUUUGUUGAAAUUAUUUGAUGAACAAAAACAUUUAUUUGCUGAUGCGGCGAAAGAAGAUUUUCAUCGUCCUGAACAGGAGACAUUGUUAUAUGAUUGUGGAUUAAUUCGUGCUGAAUGUGUCUAUGCAUUAAAUAAUAUUGAUGAUUGGGUUAAAGAUGAAAAAAAGUCAGACAGUCUUGUUUACGCAAUUAUGGAGAAAUAUGUUCAUAGUGAACCAUAUGGUGUGAGCUUAAUCAUUGGUCCUUGGAAUUAUCCAUUUUUACUACUAUUUGCUCCACUUGUGGGUUCGAUAGCAGCUGGAAAUUGUUCGGUGUUAAAACCUAGUGAAUUAGCGCCUAAAUGUGCACAACUCGUGUUCGAUGUUGUACCGCGUUAUUUAGACAAUGAUUGUAUCAAAACGGUACUUGGUGGUGUUGAUCAAACACAAGCAUUACUAAAAGGCGAUAUCGAUUAUAUCUUUUAUACGGGUGCGACGACGACUGGUAAAAUAAUUAUGCAUGCUGCAGCAGAGAAAAUGAUACCAGUUACUCUGGAAUGUGGUGGUAAAAGUCCUGUUUACAUAGCUGAUGAUGCUAAUAUUGAAGUAACUGGAAAACGCAUAGCAUGGGGCAAAUGUAUUAAUAGUGGACAAACAUGUGUGGCUCCGGAUUAUUUAUUAUGCUCAAAAGCAACGGAACAACGUCUUAUACCAGAAAUUAUUAAAGCUUGGAAAGAAUUUUAUACUGAAAACCCGUUACAAUCAGAAUCGUACGCGCAUAUUGUAAAUGACCGACAUUUUAAACGUGUUGAAAAUUUAAUUGAUAAAUCGAAGGUUGUUUACGGUGGAAACAGUGAGGAGAAACACAAUUACAUUUCACCGACAAUUAUGACAAAUGUUACGGCGGAUGAUAAAGUAAUGCAAGAAGAAAUAUUUGGUCCACUUUUACCAAUAAUCAAUGUUAGAGAUGAAAAUGAAGCAAUACGUUUUAUUAAUGAACGUUCAAAACCACUGGCACUCUAUGUCUUUACGGGAAAUAAAAAAUUAGCCAAAAAAAUAAUAGAUGAGACAAGUUCAGGAUCUGUGUGUGUUAAUGAUGUUGUUUUACAAAUUGGACCUUCCGCAUUACCCUUUGGCGGCGUUGGACCCUCGGGACUUGGAAGUUAUCAUGGAAAAUAUUCGUUCGACACAUUUAGUCACAAACGUUCAGUCGCUUUUUCGCCAACUUUCGCAGACGGUCUAGUAUCAAUGAGAAAUCCACCGUACACAAAAGCAACAACAAAACGUAUGGAACUCAUUGGUAAACCCUACAGAAAUUGGUUUCAUAUUCCACGUGUAUUUAAAACGUUUUGGUUUUGGGCAUUUAUUUCCUUAACAAGUUUGGAUCCAAAAAUGGAUAGUGGGAUGUCAAUUAAUAAUCAUUUUCAUCAACAACCACAACAACAAAAUCGAAAUUUAACACCCACUAUCGCUCAACUGAUAGAUCGAAAACAAUUAAAAAUUGAAAAUUUUUCUAAUUUAGAAUUAGUUUAUAUUUUUGAUCAAUUAUUAUCAUCGUUUCAUAUGUGGUUAGAUGGUCAUAGUCUAGCAUUAACCGUUUUCACAUGUUUAUAUUUACAUGAACCAGAUAUGAUCAAAGAUAAUGUAUUACGAACAAUGACAAUCGCCUAUUUAAAACUAAUUGAUUAUAUACGUGAACGAAUUAUAUUGAAAGCCGGCAUCUAUGAAGAAGAAGAUUUUAGUGGUACACUGAUAUAUAAUUUUAAAUUUUAUCAAGAAACCGUUAAGGAACAGCAAUCUAUUAACGAUAUAAAAAAAUGUGAAGAUGAUUUGGCAAAAUAUUAUAGAAAAUUACGUCAUUUAUCUACAACAGUAGAUAUUAGUCAAGAUAUGCUUUAUACUCAACAAUUAACGAUUAGAAUGAAAUUUUUAAGACAUUUAUAUCAAAUAUGUUUAAAAUUUAAUUGUGUAAAUGAAAUCGGUGAACAAACACCAUUAAAUGGAGAAGAAAUAGCAAAAUUGUUAAAACAAACAACAGAAUGUUUACAAUUAAUACAGCCAACAGUAUUAAUCAAAGAUAAUGACGAACAGGAAGAAAAUAAUUUAACAACAGCAAUAAAUAUUCAAAAACUUGAUACAAAUUCAUCAUCCAUGAUUGCAUCUGAAGAAGAGUCUAAUUUAUCCACCACAAUACUAUCAAUUUCUCCAUCAUCGAUUGUUGAUUUAAAAUACACAUUUGAUCCCUAUUAUAAUUAUCGCCAAUUACCACCAGCCUUCAAUCGUUUCAUUCGCUGUUUGAUACCAUCAACAAUUGUUUAUAAAACAUAUAAUGAAUUAUGUGAACAUAUAAAGAAAUUAUUAGAAAUGACUGAUAAAAAAACGCUACAAUUAUCUUAUGAAUAUUUCAUUGAAUAUUCAACAUAUUAUAAGCCAACAAUUUUCAUUCGUUCUUUAUUACUAUUGAGUUAUUUACCAUCAGCACAAGGUAUACCAUUACCUGGACGAAAAAUAUUUGGUCAAUUUAUUUUUAGUGAUUACAUCAAAUUAGAAAUGAAAUCUUUUAUUCUACCACCCAUAUUAACAUUAAAACAUAUUCAAAUUGAUCAAACCACUUUUGAUAUUGUUGAAAAUUUUUUUCAACGAUCAGCUGUACUAUUUUCAAAUUUAUUCUAUUCUUUAUGUAAUAAUCGUGCACGAACUCGUGAAAAAUUAUCAAAUUUAUUAGAGGAAUGUAGUGUUUUACAAGAUGAAAGUGAAAAAAUAGAUAAUUGGUUACAAAAAUUUCUAUUAGAUAUAUUUGAACAACAAACCCCGAAUAAUAGUCAAGUGAUGAUGAUGAUGGAAAAAACAUCCUAUUUUUUUAAUUUUAUGCUUCAUUGGACACUAUGUAUUAUGGAAUAUUAUAUUUAUUUAGGAUUUGAAUUAGAUUUAUAUUCUAAACGUGAAUUAUAUGAUCUUUAUUUUUAUCUUGCACAAAUUAUUCUAUUUGCUCACAUAACUAUUUAUACAAGAGCCGAUUAUCUUUUAACAAAUACGGAAACAUUUUUUCAACAAUUAAACAAUACAUCAAUGACAGCCGGUAAAAAACAACAAAAAUCACCAGUUACAAACCGUUUUAUACGUCAAUUAGUUGAUAAUAAUCCUCAAAUGACAAGUGAUUUAUUAAAUAUGCCAUCAUCAACUAUAUCUUCGUCUGACGUCGGUUCAAUAAGUACACCAGUAAAUACUGACAAUCAAAAAAAAUCAAAACGAAAACAACAAACAACGACUAAUGGAACAGCACCCUCUACGGCAACGAAUGGAGGUCAUAAUAAUAAUACAAAUAGUAGUAGUUCUAAUCGUCCAUCUCAUUAUGAAAAAGAACUCAAUUUGUUACAUGGACAUUUUUCCAUGUGUACAGCAUUACAUCGAUGUUUAAAAGCAUUAGAAGUUGAUAAUCGAUUAAUAUUUAAGAAGAAGAAUGACAUGAGUAGUGAUUUGACGCAGUCACCAUAUUUUUUAAAAGAUGAAGUCCGUUAUCGUCAUCGUUUUAUGCCAUUUAGUAAUUUAUGUGCACCACGCUAUAUGAAAUAUCAUGACUUUAAAGAUAUUCAACAGUUGUGCGAUGGUGAUCAUAAUAUUCAUGAUUUAUAUCAAGAUUCUGUGACACACUUUCAACAAGCAAAAGUCUAUUUUGAAACAUAUCUUAAUAAAAUAACGUUGAAACAUUCAUCAACUAAAACACCAUUGAAUCGCACAUUUACAAUUGGUUUUACAUCUGUGAAAGAUGUUGAAUCUUAUAUUAAAAUAGCUAAAACAAAUGUGAUUGUUGUACGACUGUUAGCUGCUGGUCAUAAAAGAGGUGAAACUAUUGAUUUUGAUUUUAAUACAAAUUCACAUUAUCCAAUGUUAAAACUGUGA